AUGCUUAUCGGCCUUCCUUCUUCCCAUCCUCAAAACUCCAUCGCCAUGACGGAAGGAAAAGCCGCCUUCAUGGUAUCGGGCCUAGCCACGCCAUGCGAGACAUGGUACCGAGUGGUCGGGGACCUCGCAUCCGGGAAGACGCCGCUCGUCAUCUUGCACGGCGGUCCCGGCGCCUGCCACGAGUACCUGCUGCCGCUGACGGACCUUGCGGUCAAAGGCAUGCCGCUCAUCUUCUACGACCAGAUUGGCAACGGCCAGUCGACGCACCUGCGCGCCAAAAAUGGCGACGAGCAAUUUUGGUCCAUCGACUUGUUCAAGGCCGAGCUGGACAACCUCCUGCAGCAUCUAGGAUUGGCGGAGCGGCCCGUGGACAUCUACGGGCACUCGUGGGGCGGCAUGCUGGCGGCCGAGUGGGCGGCGAGCAACGGCGCCCACCUCCUCCGACGCCUCGUUAUCGCAAGCAGUUUGGCCAGCAUGGACGCGUGGCGGGUGGGAAUCACGGCGCUGCGCGAUCAGAUGCCGGCGGCGGAACGAGCGGUGCUAGACAAGGCCGACGAGACGGGCAAGUACGAGGGCGCCGAGUAUGACGCCGCCAUCGAGGUCUUUUACAAGCGUCACUUGUCCCUUGCCAGACCAUGGCCGGCUCCCGAAGUCCAGGCCGCCUUGGAUUGGUUCGCGGCAGAUCCGACGACAUAUGGCACCAUGUAUGGGCCGGGCGAGCUCGCCAUUACCGGCUCGUUGCGGGAUUGGACCGUAGUGCCGCGGUUGGACAAAAUUACGGCGCCAACGCUGCUCAUCAACGGCUCGGAGGACGAGGCGCAGGAUGUGGCGAUGCAGCCGUUUUUCGACCAGCUUGGUGGCCGUGUCAAGUGGGUGACGCUGGACAGGGCAGCGCACUUUUCGCACGUAGAUCAAAGAGAGAAGCACAUGCAGCAUGUCGGUGCUUUCCUAGCAGCGGCAUAG